AAAAAAUGGCAGAUUUAUCAAACGAGGCAGCUGAAGAUUUCCUUGAAAAGGUGAAUGAUCUUAACAAGAAAGUCAAAGGCAUCAUUGACGGGACAAUCCCUAUUGAACAGAUAGAUGAAGAGAUGGAACUCCAGGAGAAAGUCUCAAUCAUGAAGGAAAAAGAAGCAAAGGAGCGGGAAGAAGCUAAACUCAGAGAUGGCCGCAAAGGCAAAGGACAUAAAGGGGAGUACAAACGGUUCUGCACAUUCUGCUUCACAGAAUAUGAUAUUGAGAUCGAGAACUGUACGCACUGUAGUCAUGAGACUAUUACUAAGGAAGAGAGAAUGCAGUAUUUGAAGGAGAAAUUGGAGGAAGUCAAGGAGAAGAAGAGAACGAAGAUGGAAAGGAGGGCUAAGUGGAAGAAUUGGGUGAAAACACAAGCUAUGUUUUAUAAGAAGACUUCCACGAAUUAUAAGAAGUGGGAUUGAUAUGAGUCAGAUAGUACGGAUAGUGAGGAUAAAGAGCCGAUAGUGCCAGAACAUGAUCCUAAUUUUAAAGCAAUGGAAGCAGAUAUGAUGGAUAGGAAGAAGAAGCGACUUAGAGAUACUAAGGAAGCUAAUAAGUUGAAAGAGCAAGGUAAUGCUAGGCUUAAGAAAGGGCUUUAUCGUACUGCGGAGAAGGAUUAUACCGAUGCUCUUGAAUUGAAGAAAGAUCUCCUACCAUUGUACACUAAUAGAGCUCUUGCCAGGAACAAGCUUGAGAAAUGGACUGGAGCGAUAGAUGACUGCACUAGAGUAUUAGAAUAUUGUGAAGUUUUCGAAGAUGGAUUUGAAAGAAGCAAGAGCCUCUGCUACAAAGCUCUUAUCAGGAGAGCUGUAGCCUUCAGAGGUCAGAGAGACUAUAAAACAGCCCAAGUUGACAUUGAAGAAAGUCUUAAAUUGUGCCCUGGAGAGAUUGAUGCAGAAAAGCUUAAAACUCUUAAUGAAGAAGAUAUGGAGCUUGAAGAAAGAAUUGCUUCAAUCAUGGAACAAAGGGACGGUCUUUCGGAUAAAGAUUUCAUUGAUUUCACAAUUGAUUACUUGAGAGGAAUCAAAGAUGAGGAGAUCAAGAUUGAAGAGGGCAAAAAGGAGAAUUCUUUCUGCGUACAUCCAAUUGAAGAAGCUGACGGAAAGAAGCUAACAGAACUUCUUCUUAAAUCUGAUGACUUAUUGCUCUAUUUCGUCAAGAAUAAAGGCCUCAUCUGUUUGAAAGACUCUCUUCUGCACAACACUGUUGGAAUAGAAGUGCUAGAUAAGAUCUUGGAGAAGAAAGAGAAGGUUAAGGAAGAGUUCCAAAAAUCCAAAGGAUAUGAGGCUCUCAUUGACUACCUUUAUAGCAGAAGUUUGAAUCCAGAGAAGAAGGCUCUAGAAUCUUCGGUUGUCAAGAAAGUCUUUGGAAUUCUAGAAGAUGCUACUUUGAACGAGUUCGUCAGAAAUCAGCUAUCUGAGAAGAAGAAAAUCAAAGACUUGUUCAUAUCGGUACUGAAAGCAUUAGAUGUGGAUGAGAAUAUAUCAUUGUUUGGAACCUUGAUCUCCUUCGGCUCAAACCUGUGCUUUGGCAAGCACAUGACAAGGUUUAGGGAGCUUCUCAAGAAGGACUUUGGAGACUUAAUGAACCAAAUCCUUGAAAUGCUGACUUAUGUCAUAGAGAAACUGAAAGAAGACAAUCAGGAAAAGCAGGAAAUCAACCAGCUACAAGCCAAGAAGAUGAAGAAGAAGGAGAGAAAAGCACUUAACGAGAGGGAGAAGAUUUUCAAGAAGAAAAUAGCUGAUAGGGUCCUCCUUAAGCAGACCUUAUGCGGCUUCAUUUCAAAUCUGGCUUUAGAUGGAACUUUUAGGAACUUCUUCGCUAAUGAAGAAUUUUUAGGAUACAUGGUCGACCUCCUAAGAAUAGAAAAAGAGCAGAAGAACUUUGACUGGGUUGAUUCUAUUGAAAGGAUACUUGGUGUAUUGAUUAAUUGCUCACUCGCUACAGAAGCCCAGAUCUUCCUUUCCGGAGCUGGUGUUUUUGAAUUGAUAGAGGACAUUUCUAAAAUUACUUUCUACUCAGAGGAUCACAAGACAAUCAUUACUAGGUUACUAUACUUACUCUCAAGACUGGUGACACAGCCAGAGAUAAUCUUGAAGAUAGUCUCAUCCAAAAUCAUGCUUGUGAGAUUGUUCCUGUACUUCAACAAGGAGUUCCCAGAUUUGAUUUCUCAUGUCUUGAAGAUACUUUUUGCCUUAUUUAAAUUGAAGGAUAAGUUAUCUGACUAUACCAAUCAAUAUGAGAUAAAUGUGGAAAACUUUGCAACUCAAGCUCAUGGAUUCUUGAAAGGCACUAUCGAUGAAUGGAAUAGGGAGAAGUUUAUCAAUUAUUCAGGCCUCAUUUCAGCAUCUCUGGAGUCUUUCCCAGAAAGCUCUACUUCAUAUGCUGAUUUAAUUCCUCAACUCACCCAGAUUUUAAAGGAUCAUGUUGAUUUGGAAAGGAAAAAUGCAGCAGUUUUGAUAGCGAAGAUGGCUAAAAAUGAGGAAAACAAGAAGCUAAUGGUAAAGCACCAUACAAUGGAAGUGCUGAUGUCACUUGGGUCUAACUUGUAA